CUAUUGGCAAGCCGUUACGUCAUUACAUUUUUGGUUUCAUUAUUUGGUAAUUCAGUGAUCAUUCAUAUUGUACGAAAAGACAAUUCUAUGAAGACCACAACGAAUUAUUUGAUUGUAAACCAAGCAUGUGCAGAUAUCCUGGCAACAACGAUGGAGUUACUGAAUGAUAUUACAUACUACUUUGAGGACAAGUGGUUUGAAGGAAUAAUUGGAAUUAUUACUUGCAAGUUGUUGAGGGCCAGUCCCUUUAUUCUUUCUGCUUUCUCUGUUUGGAUCCUUGUUGCCAUUGCUGUUGACCGGUAUUUUGCCGUUACUCGACCUUUUCAAGUUUCUCCUUUAUCUCGACAUUUCAAGAAAACAGUUGUUUUUCUAUGGGUUUGGUCAGCUGUGUCUGCGGCUGAUGUCCUCACCCUAAUCCGCUUAAGAAAGGAAAAAACUUCUGAUUUUUGCGAAACAGUUGAUAACGUAUAUUACGGGUGGAGAGAAUUCUCCCUCACUAGUGUUGUCCUGAAAGUCGUUGUCCCCCUCGUUGCAAUCAUUAUUCUAUACACAAUAAUUUGCCUUAAACUAUGGGCACGCAAAGUUCCAGGAGAAGGAGCCAAUCAGAAUGAGCGGCAAGUACAGGCUAUAAAAACAGCAAAAAAAGUUACCCGGAUGAUGAUUGCUGUGGUGGUUUUGUAUAAGCUGUGCUGGCUUCCAUACUUUAUCAUAAUGUUAAUGAGCUUAAUUAAAGGGGAGUCUUAUUCAAUGAUCACGAGUGACCCUCCUAGAGGAAAUAUUUCUUUACAUUUAUUCAUCCUUUGGUUAACAGUUGCUUACAGUGCAGUUAAUCCAUUUGUGUAUCUCACUUUCAAUCAGAAGUUUCGCACUGGGUUUAAACAUUUAUAUAAAGAUUGCUUAACCAAACCUCGAGGUAUUCUUCCCUUGCGAUCCCAAAAUGUAGAGUUGGAACAAAUAUGA